AUGUCGAAAUUCGACUCUUCUUCUCUACAUAUUCUUACUCUCGUCGUCCUCGUAUCCAGCGUGAACCUAGUACUCUGCAACGCCACCAUGAACGGUGACAGAAAGGUUUAUAUCGUUUACAUGGGAGCAUUGCCUGAGCAUGACUACUCCCCAUCAUCUCACCAUCUUUCUCUGCUUCAGGAGGUUGUCGACGACAGGUCCAGCGGAGAAUCAGAAGCAUUAAUCAGGAGUUACAAAAGAAGCUUCAAUGGAUUUGCAGCCUAUCUCACCGACGAAGAGGCGAAAAGGCUUUCCAGCAGGGAGGACGUCGUCUCUGUUUUCCCGAGCAGGGAGCUGGAGCUUCAUACAACGAGAUCAUGGGAUUUCAUGGGUUUCUAUCAGCCCACAUCAGUAACCAACCUUCCUGCUGCUGGUGGUGACGUCAUAAUUGGGGUUAUAGACAGUGGGAUUUGGCCGGAAUUGCCAAGUUUCGACGACAGGGGUUACGGUCCUCCUCCGGCGAAAUGGAAGGGUGUUUGCAACGGUGGAACAAACUUCACUUGCAACAAUAAGAUAAUCGGAGCACGGCAUUACUCGGGGACCGGUUCAGCGAGGGAUCUGCAAGGCCACGGCAGCCACACGGCGUCAACGGCGGCAGGGAGCGUGGUGAAGGACGCCAGCUUUUACGGCGUGGCAAGAGGGAUCGCCAGAGGCGGAGUUCCUUGGGCUCGAAUCGCAACUUAUUCGGUGUGCGGCCUCACUUGUUCGUCGGCGGAUGUUCUGGCCGCCUUCGACGAUGCCAUCGCUGACGGGGUGGACGUCAUAACCAUCUCAAUUGGGAGGAGGUCCGCUGUUGACCUCGACAGAGACACCAUCGCCAUUGGCGGCUUCCAUGCGACCAAGAGAGGGAUCUUGACGGUCCAUUCUGCCGGAAACGGCGGGCCGGAUCCUGCCACCACGGCGAGCGUGGCUCCGUGGUUGCUCUCGGUUGCUGCCAGCACCAUCGACCGGAAGUUCGAGUCCAAGGUUGUUCUCGGCAACGGAAAGAUUUUUACGGGGAGUUCGGUAAAUGGAUUCACGGAGAAUGGGGAGGAACUUCCGUUGUUGUACUCAAUCAAUGGGAAAAUUGGAUGCACUACAAUCUGCCAACCGGGAUGUUGUGACAGUAGAUUGGUGAAAGGCAAGAUCUUGAUUUGCGACUCCAUCAACGGGCAGUUUUUGGCUCUUCAAGCUGGCGCUAAGGGAGUCGUCUUCCCUUACGUAGAGCUCGACACCGCCUCCGUUGUCUCGUUGCCGGCAGCUGGGAUGGAUCCCAAGAGAUUCGAUGCCAUCGCCUCCUAUCAGAACUCUACCAAGAAUCCAGUGGCAAAGAUACUGAAAAGUGACACCGUGACGGAUCCCAGAGCUCCGGCGGUUGCUUUCUUCUCUUCCAGAGGCCCGAAUGUCAUUGUGUACGCCAUUCUCAAGCCGGAUGUGAGUGCUCCUGGAGUAGAUAUAUUGGCAGGGUGGUCUCCAGUAGCAUCUCUCUCCGAUGAUCCGAACGACAAAAGACAGUACCAUUUCAAUGUAUUAUCGGGCACUUCUAUGGCUUGCCCGCAUGUUGCUGCCAUAGCUGCUUAUCUCAAAUCUCUGCACCCCAAUUGGUCCCCUUCCGCAAUCAAAUCCGCCAUCAUCACCACCGCGACUCCCAUGCGUCCUCAGAAUGUGUCGGACCCAAUUCUGGCACUCGCGUCGGCGGACUUCGCAUACGGAUCAGGGCAACUGAAUCCAGUGAACGCCACAGACCCAGGACUUGUGUACGAAACGACGACGGAGGACGACCUCAAGUUGCUCUGCCAUUUGGGGUACGGUACCAGCAGAGUCAGAGUAGUCACUGGAGAUAACAACAUUAGCUGCCCCGCUAGAACCAGCCCAACUGCGAUAAAGGAUUUCAAUUAUCCUUCUAUCGUCAUUCCCGUCCCGCCUAAAAGCGAUUCCUUUGAAACUGGGCUGCUCAGAACGGUGACGAAUGUGGGAUCGGCGGCUAAUGCAACGUACAGAGCCGAAGUUGUGGUGACGACGGAGAGCGCGAGGGAGCUGAAGAUCCAAGUGAAGCCGGAUGUCUUGUGUUUUGAGUAUCUAGGUGAGAAGAAAUCGUUUAAUGUUACUGUUUGUGGUGGUAAUUUUCCGGCGGAUCCAUUUUUUGCGUCGGCUGCAUUGAUUUGGAGCGAUGGGACUCGUAGUGUUCGUAGUCCAAUUGUUGUUUACACUCUGCCACCUAUGUGA